AUGCCACUUUGUAUCUUCUUAGGUAAAUAUGUUUACCUUUCCACUAGAAUCAAAGGUAAUCUUGUGGUCAGACCAUAUACUCCAGUGUCAUGUGAUGAAGCAGGCUAUGUUGACUUCAUAGUAAAGAUCUAUUUUCAAGAUGAACAUCCUGACUUUCCUGAAGGAGGUAAAAUGUCCCAAUAUCUAGAGAAUCUCUCCAUAAGGGACAGCAUUGAAGUUCAAGGUCCCAGAGGACUUCUUGAAUAUGAAGGAAAAGGUUAUUUUGCCAUUCAGCCAAAUAGGAGAUCUCCAGCAGCGAGAAAGUUUGUCCGUCAACUGGGAAUGAUCGCAGGUGGAACAGGCUUGACUCCAAUGCUGCAGUUAAUCCAAACUAUACUAAAAGACCCAGAAGAUGAAACAAAAUGUUUCUUAUUGUUUGCCAAUAAAUCAGAACAAGACAUCAUACUGCGGCAUGACCUUGACAAGCUACAAAACGAGCACUCCGAGCGUUUCACACUCUGGUUUACUGUAGAUAAUGCUCAUCAAGAUUGGGAAUACAGUAAAGGUUUAAUUGAUUCAAAUAUGAUCCGAGAGCAUCUACCACCACCAGCUGAUGACACCUUCAUUCUGCUAUGUGGACCUCCCGCCAUGAUAAAACUGGCCUGUGAACCCAGUCUGGACCUUUUAGGAUAUGAAGAAAAUAUGUGUUUUGUUUAUUAA